CUCACAUUGCUGCUUCUUUUGCUUCUCCACUGACGUUGGCCAUAACAAACCAGUAAGUUUGUGUGCGUGUGAGUGUAUGUUGUAUUGGUGAAUGCGCGCGUGUUUCUAAUUUGGUUUUUGUUGUUAUUGUUGUUGACUAGUUUUAUGAAUGCAGAGCAAGUUCGUCGUGCACCGCGCGCUCACCUGGUUCGACACAUCUGUGCAGCAGCAUCUCGCCGCGGCAAAUGAAGCGUCGCCGUCGUCGUCUUAGCUGUUAGCCGUUAUAGCAAUGAGUUGCGAUGAGUUGAAGGAAAUGUACGUCGGGUAUGGAUUGUGCGCGCGCGUCAUCCAGUCAGCAAGACGAUCUCUUACUUUACGGUUGUGUUUUGUCGCAAUGUCCGGUGGUGCGCAGGACCAAAAUUAGACAAAUUUAGUGUGUGUGUUCGAGUGAGUUGACCGUAUUGAGUGGUACGCGAUCUCCACAGUGAAAAGUACGAAUGCAUGCGCGCCCUCAUCAGCAGCGCGUAUGUGCGAAUUGGCUGCCAAGCAGCUAACGGACUCAAUUCUAACGCGCAGUCUGUGGCCUUUGGUCCACAGUCCGAUGUCCGCGUGCGCGGAUGCGUUUACACCUUUUGACGCACUCACAUGCCUGGGAUAUAUAUAUUUUUUUGAUUAUUAAUGCUGUGAUUUUGUGCAUCGUGUAUAUAUCGAAAUUGAGAAAUUAUUUAAAUAUGACAAUCAAAAGUGUGACCUAAAUUAUGCUCCAGCAUGGAAAAAGCAACAACAGUUGCUACCAAAAUUGAAAUUGACAUUUUUAAAAUCCUAAAAACACUGCCGCACACAACUUUCUCGAAAAGUGUAAACAAGCCACGCCCCUAAAUAAACUCCACCCACUAUUAAUAUACUACCGUUUUUGGUGCGAAUAUCUGCCUCUAUGCGUCGCUGUGACCCACUACUCACUGUGUACAUACCCAAAUUUGCUGUCGGAAGUGACAAGAACAACAAGUAUAAUUGUCACAAAUUGCGGCGAUAACAUGCAAAAUGCCACCAGCGAUAGUUCCAUAACACCAACAAGUCGGACUUUAAAGCAACAACAAUGUGCAAAAUUGUCAAUUAGAGUGUAACAAAAGCAACAACAACACCAGUAGCUACAACAAAUACAAAGAGUGCAACAAUAACAAGAAACGCAAACAAUAAAAGUGUUACAAUAACUAAACAACAACAACGGACUAACAUGAAAAUCGGUAAUAGAAAUUAACUGUAACGCGCAACAACUUGCCGCAACACAGCGCUAACAACAUCCGUCGGUGCGAUACACCGCAACGACUUGAGGAGGAAGUGCAGUGACGCGCGCCUGCUUGCUCACACGCUCCACAACGCCAUCGAGCGAGCAAUAAAGGAUGCCAACAAGUAGCAACAAAAACAAUACAAACAACAUGCGACAGUGAUUUGCAAGCGACAGUCACUUAACAUAACGGUUGCGCACAAGCUGCCCACAAGUGCGCAAAUACAGAAGUCUUGGAAGAAGAAGACGAAGAAGAAGAAGAAGAAGAAGCAGUGAAAUAAAUUAGAAAAAAAACACGGAGCUGAUCAUUUGAAUUGUGAUUUGUGAUUUCUUCCUGCCUGAGCAACUGGUUGUCGGCCUCACAAGCCGCCACACGCCACCCAUCCUCUCGCUCUCGACCAAGUCUGUGCAAGCUGGUUGGCGUUUAUCUGCCUGGCGGCCGGGCAGCGGAUAUCCGUUCCGUUUGCAAUUAUAUUGGGUGUCCGUUGUGCAAUUAAUUGCGAACAGUCUCGUUUCAGUUGCGGGAAACUUAUGCGACGUGGCGUCCCUACGUCCCAACAAGCAAGCAAACAAACAAACACUCUUACACACGCUCGCACUCGUUUGCCGCAGCCGCGUAAUUUCGUAGCGCAUUUGCAAUUUAAUCGGAAAACCUAUCCACAGCAGCUAGACAGUGCAACUCAGCGCAUUUCCGAUAAGUGCUGACCAACGCCAGCGUCGACGUUGGCGUCAGCCGCUGCUUCGAAGUUGAGAUUGGCUGGUGUGGCCAAUUGUUCGUGCUACUAAACGAAAAACAACAACAAACUAGAAAAAACAACAAUAAACACAAUAUACUCGCAAGCCAACCACAAGUAGCAACAACAAUAACAACUAUAACGACGUAAAUGAAACAUUGAGAUUUCCAAGCACCAAGUAUAUCUACAUAUGCGCUUCACAACGUCGCGACGCUCUGUAGACAGUGUGAUGAGGUUUAGUUACGCCCACAAGCAUUUGUAUAUCAUUUAUAAGCCAGCAACAAAUUUGUUAUAUAACGCAACACCCUAGUGAUGAGAGAGAAGGAUCACUCACCAAGAAAAAUGCUGCCCAGCCCUAAGCAAGGGUCCGUUUAUCCAUUAUUAGGCCUUGUGCCCACCACUACAUACGCAUCACAAGUACCUUAUGAUCUUUCGGUGACGGCGGCGCGCACUUCAUCAGCCGCCUUGGGUACGUCACCACUCUCGCUUACCAUAUCUGCCUUAAGUCAAAGCCACAAUGAAGCAAAAAACCGCAAACGUUGCAACAGUUACGAUCAGCCUCUCGACCUACGACUGGCGCAUAAAAAGCAUGACGGCUCCAACGCAAGUGGCGCUUCCUCACCACUGGAAGAUGAGAACAGCAAUAUCAUAUACAAUGUCACGAACUACAACAACUCUCACCGUCACAUCAAACCCACAAGUGAUACGUCCCCCAGCAAUCAUAGCAUCCCGAAUGCGCUCACGCCUUCGCAAAAUGCGCAUUCUUUAAAUAGCCGCGCGCAAUGCGAAUCAUCCCCAACGGAUGUCGGUUGUGAGAAGGAGCUAAAUAAUAACACGCUGCCAUCCCUAUGUGCCGACGCGAUUGCCGCCAAUCUGGAAAGUUUGAGCGGCAAGCAUAAACAGCGUUUGCGCACACAAAAGUCCGAAUUGGGUGUGGCAUGUUUACGCAUUACUGAGUCAUUGCAUUUGAAUGCGGCCGCCGCAGCAGCGGCUGCAGAUCGACUGCCAUUUGUCUCGUCCGCCUUGCAUCCCACAUUGCUGGAGGCGAUGGCGAAAGCCAUACCACUUCCUUACCGCAACCCAUUUGUGCUGCCGCGUCCACCUACAGCCAGUUCCUUUUCCUUUCUACAACCGCCGUUGCAAAAGGAAAUGAUACCCGCUGCGAUGCAACUGUCGCAGUCACCCUCCAAUGAGGCGUCUCUCGAAUUCCAUUUCGACAGUAGUGGCGGCCGCACGAACUUGUCUGAUGCGCUUACACAUCCGAAUGUUAGCGGCAGUAUGAGCGGUAAUGCCAACAAGUCGGCACUCAAUGCCGGCAAUGGAGGCAACGGGAUUGCAGGCGGCGGUAGUGGUGCGUCUAAACACCUGCAACAGCAUAUGAACCACAAUCAGCAACAGUUGAAUCACCAUACGCGUCAGCAGCAACAUGCGAACAACGCCGCCAAUCGCGCCACGUUAAGCACGGAUGGCGUAGCUAUGCACCACAACAGCAAGAAAUCGUUGGCCACGACACGUGCCGCGCUGCAUUCGAAUGCAUCCAAUGCCGCAACGACGCAGUAUAAAAACAAAGAUCGCUACACAUGCAAGUUCUGCGGCAAAGUGUUUCCGCGCUCCGCCAAUCUAACUCGCCACCUACGCACCCACACCGGUGAGCAACCGUACAAGUGCAAAUACUGUGAACGUUCCUUCAGCAUAUCCUCGAACUUACAACGUCAUGUGCGUAAUAUACACAACAAAGAGCGUCCCUUCAAAUGCGAAAUCUGUGAGCGUUGCUUCGGGCAGCAAACGAAUUUGGAUCGUCACUUGAAGAAGCACGAAAGUGAUGCGGUGUCGCUGGGUCUGGGCAUGAACGAGCGGAUACGCAGUCUACGUCGUGGUGGCUACUGCGACAAUCCUACUGAAGAGUCCUACUUCGAAGAGAUACGUUCCUUUAUGGGCAAGGUGACACAACUGCCACUCGGCACUGCAAGCGCAGCGUCCGGUCCCACAACAAACCAUGCCACGGCGAUCAGUAAUCAAGCGAAUGCUCCGAAAUCGCCAUCGACACGCAGUUCCACCUCAAGCAGUUCAGAGCGUGAUUCGUCCACAAGUGGCGGUGGUUUGCAAAUAGUGCAAAACGAUAUGUUUCUAGAAAACGAAGCGGAAGCGGAGGCCGAUACCGAAAUUGAAGCGGACGUCGGUGAGGAGUAUGUGGGUAGCACAAACCUCAAUGAAAUGGGUAUGACAACGACGCCAGUGAAAAAGUGUAAAGAUGACGACGAGACGACAAUCACACCAGAGUCAAUAAUUACUACAACAACAGCAACAGUGACAAAGAGAGGCAUUACCCGAUCUACGCGACAGUCGAGCGACAAAAGUUUGUACUUUUCGCAAACGGAAGUGUGCUUCAAACGUGACAGCAGUAGUAACAGUGGCAGCCCACUAUGCGCCACCUGACCUGGCUGCCGACCACAGUUGGUCCGCCCACAAUGCCUGCGCAUUUUGUAGUUUUUCAUUUAGAUUAUAUUUAAAGUAAUUACAACUAAUUAUUAAAUAUUAAUGAAAGAGAGCGCGUAACAGACUCAUUUCAACAUAUAUGUACAGUUAGCUUUAUGCUUAAACAUUCGCGAGGUGUAUGCUAUGAGUUGUAAAGAGAUGAAUUUAAUGAGGCAUCAUCUCUUUGCUUUUUUGAACAGUGUAUACCAGAGAUAAAGAGAGGUACAACUCUCAUGUCAUUGGAAGUGAGAGCGCAAAUCACCUCCUCAACUUUGACAUAUGACUGGAUUGAGGAUGUUUUAACGUUUAGCUACGACCAGAAAAUAUCACAACAGGGGGAUUUAUAACCACCUUGCAAGUCAUAAAAUAGAAUUGUUAAAACAUUUUAAUUUUGAAUAUACUGUCCCUGGUGUAUACUGUACUGACGAAAGUGGAUCUAACAGAAAUAUGUCGAAGGUUCGUGCAUAUAUUUUUGAUUACCAGUUGUCUCUGCAUACAAAAAUAA